AUGCAGGAUGGGAGACUGCUUGUUGAAGGACAUCACGAGGAGCGAAAUGAUCGGCAUGGUUCUGUGGAACAACACUUUAUUCGGAAAUACACCAUGCCAAAGAACGUACUGCAAGACAGUUUGGAAUCGCAUUUGUCCGAUCAAGGAAUCCUCCGAAUCACUGCCAAGAAGAAAGCUGUCGAGAAUUCGCAAUUUAAAAAUAUUCCAAUCCAAUUCAAAAGUGACAAACAAUAA